AAUCGGGCUGGGAGGGAGUUUUCAGAACCAGUCAGGUGUGAAUCUAUAAAUACUGUAGUAUCUUGGAUUCCCACUUAAUAAUGUGAGCAGCGAAGGUUGUUGUAAUAUAUAAUAGUCACAAAUAUGCUUAAACUUCAAUGUUAAACGUUCAACUAUUGUUUACCUAACUUUCUCAUUAUUAUAUCGUCUUUUAUAUAUCAAAGUAACAAUAUUGUACUUUAUGUAGAGCAAAUAUAGAAAUCGUGUCAAGUUAAUAAUAGUAUCAAAUAUUGGACUUUCCUAUUUGAAUAUAGUAACAGUCCACGGUUCAUAACUCCUCAUAUCGGUAAACAAGCAUACUAGAUGUACAUUUUUACGCAAUCGCCAAUUUGAUUUAUACAUAAUAAACUCUUGAUAAAACUGUAAAUAAAAGAGAUUUGACAAAUUAAACAUUCUUUAACGUAACUAUGAGAUCCCAUUUUAACAAGAUAUAUGUUGAAUUUUGCAUUUACCUAUUUCUAAAUUGGUGUAUUUUGUCAUUUAUUUAUUUGACACAGUUACAAAGUAAAUUCAAUCUAGUUGAAGCGGAAAACAACAUAUGUAGAUAACCAAUCAAGAAAUGUUUUGAUUAAGAUUAACCAGUCAAAUCUUGUUUUGAUAAAGACAUAUAAUACUUUUUACGUAUAAAUGGUAUGUCAUAUUUCAAAGGGACGACGAAGAGAAAGGUUCAGAUAAACCGCAGGUACAUAAAGAUUGAGAGCCAUCAUCGUCGGAAAUCAAAUGAAGUAAAAGCAGGUGUUUAAGAAACAUAGAGAAUAAUACAAGAUAAGUUGACAAUCAUGGCUUACCAAUGUCACGUGUGUGAGGCCAGUUUCCCGAGACUGAGCCAGCUAUUGCAUCACAGACGGACUGAGAAUCACUGGCCGAAGUUUCCAUGUCCAAGCUGCAAAAAAACGUUUACCAGAAGGGAUAAUCUGGACCGUCACAUGAAAAAACAUAGCGAUGAAAACAACCAUCAUUGUCCGGAUUGUUUACGAGUGUUUACUCGACGGGGAGCCUUAGACGAUCAUUUUGAUAGGUUUCAUAACCAGACUGGAGGUGCACAAAAAAGGUCCUCUACAAAUACCGAUGAAGGUCCGCUUGUAAAGAAGCUUAGGAAAGACGAUUAUCCUAGACGGUUUUAUAGUGUUAGGAAAAUUAGAGAGCAGAAGAUAGAAAAGUUUAAGACAACUGGUUCUACAUACAAGGUCAACUUUAAAAAUAUUGAGGUGACUGAAGAUGUGCUACUCACACUGAAAAGAAUAUUCAAAGCCAUAUUUGAAGACAUCACCAAGGGAGCUAAGUCAAAGGAUUUAGUAAGAUUAGUUGUGGAGUGUCCAUCGCUGGACUACCCUAUUAUCAUACCUUUUGGUAAACUACCUACUCUUACCCCUGAGCGUUUCAUGACAGAAAUAGAACGUGUUCUCCAAUCUAAUGAAGAUCUUGCCAUCGAUGAAUCAUUGACUUUGGAAGUAACUCUUGUUGACAUGCCAGAGGGCGGUACACGAAAAAGAUGUAAAUUCGUUAACACAGAAAAAUUUCUUUUGGAUAAACGAUCAAUAAUUCAAAGAAAAAAUUACGAUGAGUUGUGCUCCGCGAGAGCCAUCAUUACAGCAAAAGCUAAAAUCGAUCAGCACGCACAAUGGAACAGCAUUCGUCUUGGUCGUGAUAUUCAGAGACAACUUGCGAACAAACUUCACAAGGACGCUGAUGUACUUCCUGGAAAAUGUGGAUUGGAGGAGAUUGAAAAAUUUCAACAAGUACUUACAGAUUACCAAAUCAUUGUGAUAUCAAAAGAACACUUCAAUGGUAUCAUAUACACAGGUCCUGACACAGAGAAAAAGUUAUAUUUGUACUACCACGAUGACCAUUAUGAUGUUAUAACGAGUAUGGCAGCCUUGGUAUCAAGAAAUUAUUACUGUACAAAGUGUUGCAAAGGGUACAACACCAAAGAGGAUCACAAAUGUAACAAUAUUUGUCAUGCCUGUAGGAAAAUCCAUGGGUUUUUAGACGAGGAUAGGAUUCUCUGCAACAACUGUAAUAGAUAUUUCUAUGUAGCAGAAUGUUUUGACCUUCACCGUCGUGUUACGACUAAAGGAAAUUCCACAUGCAAAAUUAUAUACCGAUGUAAAGAUUGCAGUAGGACGGUUAACACAAAAUUAAGUAAAAGACAACACAUUUGUGGAAAUUCAUAUUGCGACAUUUGCAAAAAUUUCUUUGAAGAAGGACAUUUGUGUUACAUGAUGCCAGAAGAACUUAAAACAGUUGCUUGUCCAAGUUCUGUAGAGGAAGAAAUCAUUGAUCAAAUAGAAAACGCAAAAUCGUUCAUUUUUUUUUACUUUGAGUGCACACAGGAAGAUAUAGUUCAGUGCAAAGAGGGAUACAACCCAGAUGUCUUCGGAAAAUGCCAAAACUGUUUGAAAGCUACCUGUGGUGUCUAUGAACAUAAGCCCAACUUAUGUGUCGCUCAGAAAGUUUGCACAGUUUGCAUGGAUAAAAGUGACGAAUGUGAAAAUUGCGGUCCAAGGGAACUCAUCUUCAGCGGAGAAAACACCCUUAACGAGUUUUGCCAAUGGCUGUUCUCAGAAGACAAUUAUAAAGCCACGGUAUUAUGCCAUAAUUUUCAAGGCAUUGACUCUUAUUCUUAACUUCAGUACUUAUAUACAAAUGCUGUACAGCCAAAGGUUAUACCAAAUGGAACUAAAAUCAUGUGCCUUACGGUACCUUCUUGUAAAGUAAUGGCUUUGGCAAAAUUACCAGGCAUGUUUGGGUUCAACGAGUUGAAGAAAGGAUACUUUCCACAUUUGUUCAACCGAAAGAAAAAUCAGAAUGCGACACUUAAAAGGUUGCCUGACAUUUCAUAUUAUAACCCUGAUGGAAUGAAACCAGCGGACAAAAAGGAGUUUAUGAAAUGGUUUAAAGAUCAUAAAAAUGAUAACUUUGACUUCCAAAAGGAACUACUGGACUACUGCAAAUCGGACGUGGAUAUACUGAAGCGUUGCUGCUUGAAGUUUCGAGAGGAUUUCAUAGACACUACUUGAAUAGACCUUUUUGAACGCUGCAUUACAAUAGCUUCAGCUUGUAAUUUGGUAUUUUGGACCAACUAUCUUCAAUCAGAAACCAUUGCAUUGACACCACACCAUGGAUACAAACCUGAGCAAAAACAGUAAAUAAAAGCGCUUCAAUGGAUAAAAUAUAUUGCCCAUACUGAAGGAAGAAAUAUUCAACAUGCAAGGAAUGAGGGUGAGAAAGCUAUCGGACAGUAUCUUAUUGACGGAUACUAUGAAACAGAGGAAGGUGAAAGUGUUGUGUUAGAAUUUCAUGGCGAUUUCUGGCACGGGAAUCCUACCAAAUACGCUCGGUCUACUAUCAAUUCUGUAAAUCAAAUGACAAUGGGCGAUCUAUACGACAAAACAGUAGAAAAAAGAAAGUACCUGGAAAGUGAAGGCUAUACUUACAGAUGCAUAUGGGAAUCAGACUUUGACAAACUGUUAAAAGAAGACCAACAUAUGAAAACUUUUGUAGACCAGCUGGAUAUAGUUACACCUUUAGAACCACGCGAUGCCUUUUAUGGAGGGCGUACAGAGGCAUACACCAUGUAUAAAGAAGCUACAGUUGACGAGAAUAUCAAAUAUUAUGAUGUUACCUCCCUGUACCCCUGUAUCAACAAAACUGGUAAAAUACCAUUAGGACACCCUGACAUCAUCACAGAUGACUUCACUUCAUUGGACGAUUACGAAGGCCUAAUGAAGUGUAAAGUAUUACCUCCAAGGAACCUUUUUCAUCCUGUGCUACCUUGUAGAAACCACAACAAGCUCCUGUUUCAACUCUGUAAAACCUGUACAGAGACUAAAUAUCAGGGUAAAUGUAAUCAUACGAAUGAGGAACGUUCGUUCAUUGGCACCUGGGUUACAGACGAAAUAAAAACGGCUGUACGAAAAGGGUACACAAUUGUGAAAAUCUACGAAGUUUGGCACUUUGACAAACUAUCACAAUAUGAUCCAAUUACAAAGACUGGUGGUUUAUUUAAAGAAUACGUCAACAAAUUUCUAAAAAUAAAGCAGGAAGCUAGCGGAUGGCCAAAGUGGUGUCAAACAGAAGAAGAUAAACGAAAAUAUAUAAACAUGUACCACCAAAGAGAAGGAAUUCUUCUUGAAUACAACAAGAUUAAGAAAAACCCAGGUAUGCGUGCCUUAGCAAAGCUUAUGCUAAACUCUUUCUGGCGAAAGUUUGGACAAAGAUCAAAUAUGGAGCAAGUGGACUAUGUUACCGAACCAAGUAUUUACUUCGAUAAGCUAACAUCGGACCAGGAAGAUGUAACUGCGGUAAACUAUGUAUCUAACGAAAUGGUUGAAAUGCGCUGGAAGUAUGCAGGUGAUUUCGUAGAUUCAAAUACAAAAACGAAUGUCGUUAUAGCGGCUUAUACAACGGCUCAAGCUCGCUUAAAGCUUUAUUCCUAUUUAGACAGUCUGGGUAAUAGGGCUUUGUAUGCAGACACUGACUCAGUGAUAUUUACAACAAAGGAUGGUGAGCAGACACCUGUUCUAGAUGAUUAUCUCGGUGGCCUGACAGAUGAGGUGCCAAACAACGAAAUUCAAACUUUCAUGACAGGCGGUGCAAAAAAAUACGCAUACAAGCUACAAAAACCUGACGAGAAUGGAAUGUAUACACACUGCAAGAUAAGAGGCAUUACCUUAAAUUGCAAAAACUUGUUAAAUGUGAACUUUGAAGUGUUAAAGAAAUUUGUGACAAAAACGCCAUUGGGUAAAGUAUCAGUUGUAGAUGCAAACAAAAUCUCAAGAGCAAGAGAUACUGCCCAACUAGUAACUGUAUCAGAAAGGAAAGACUAUCAAAUAGUGUUUGAUAAGAGAGUGAUUAGAGAAAAUUACGUUUCCUAUCCAUAUGGGUUUUAGCAUUGUUUAACAAUGUGAGGACAGCUAUAGAAUACUAAAGGCAGUCAUUUUGUAAAUACUAGUGAACUUUAAGCUAAUACUAAAGUGUUCUGUAGAUUGAUGCAAAAUAAACAUAAUAUAUGUGUAUAAACAAAUAAAACAUGGUAAAAA